CAGGAAGUUCCGCGCAGGCGCACAUCAUUCUUCAGAAUUAAGGAUACGUCAGAAUUGUGCAGUCGAGACGACAACUUCUGUGUCCGUUUCAAAUAUAUUACUACUGAUUAAGUCUGAGGCCGGUAACAUCAACAGUGAGGACAAACCCAGCCUGCCUCUCUCCUUCUACACUGAGUCCAAAUCUACAGUCACUGGGUCCUGAUUGUGACAGUAGAGCCCAGUUUUUACAGCAGGAUCCAGAGAUGGCAUCAGUGAAGCUGGAAGACUGCAGUCAAACAAUGGAGCUGAAUGUCAACAUUAAAGAUGAAGAAGAGGAGGAGGAGAUUGGGACAAAUGUUUCUCAUGACUCAGGUAUGAGGUCGGUAACAUCAACAGUGAGGACAAACCCAGCCUGCCUCUCUCCUUCCACACUGAGUAGAAACCUACAGUCACUGGGUCCUGAUUGUGACAGUGGAGCCCAGUUUACACUGCAGGAUCCAGAGAUGGCAUCAGUGAAGCUGGAAGACUGCAGUCAAACACUGGAGCUGAAUGUCAACAUUAAAGAUGAAGAAGAGGAGGAGAAGAUUGGGACAUCUGUUAGUCAUGGACGACUAGAAUUAAGUCUGAGGCCGGUAACAUCAACAGUGACGACAAACUCAGCCUGCCUCUCUCCUUCCACACUGAGUCCAAACCUACAGUCACUGGGUCCUGAUUGUGACAGUGGAGCCCAGUUUGCACUGCAGGAUCCAGAGAUGGCAUCAGUGAAGCUGGAAGACUGCAGUCAAACACUGGAGCUGAAUGUCAACAUUAAAGAUGAAGAAGUGGAGGAGAAGAUUGGGAAACCUGUUUCUCAUGGAGACAAUGUUGAGACAUCCUCUACAUCUAGAGAGCAACAGCAGGAAGAUCACAGAGCUAAGAGGUCUCACCCCUGCCCACAUUGUGAAGAGAUUUUCCCAUUUCUAUCAAAGCUGAAAGUACACCUAAAAAUACACACAGGAGAGAAUCGGUAUUCCUAUACUGACGGUGGGAAGAAUUUCACAACAUCCAAGGCUCUGACAGUUCAUCAGAGAGUGCACACAGGAGAGAAGCUGUUCUCCUGCUCUGACUGUGUAAAAUGCUUCACAACAUCAACUAGGCUAAAAGUUCAUCAAAGAACACACACAGGAGAGAAGCCUUACAUCUGCUCUGACUGUAAGGCGAGUUUCUCUCUACUGCGCAACUUAAAACGACAUGAACGUAUACACACAGGAGAGAAGCUUUACUCCUGCUCUGACUGUAAGGCGAGUUUCUCUCUACUGUGCAACUUAAAACGACAUGAACGUAUACACACAGGAGAGAAGCCUUACUCCUGCUCUGACUGUGGAAAGAGUUUCUCUCUACUGGGCCACUUAAAAAGACACCAACAUAUACAUACGGGAGAGAAGCCUUACUCCUGCUCUGACUGUGGAAAGAGUUUCUCUCGACUGGGCCACUUAAAAACACAUAAACAUACACAUACAGGAGAGAAGCCUUACUCCUGCUCUGACUGUGUAAAAUGCUUCACAACAUCAACUGAGCUAAAAGUUCAUAAAAGAACACACACAGGAGAGAAGCCUUACUCCUGCUCUGAUUGUGUAAAAUGCUUCACAACAUCAACUAGGCUAAAAGUUCAUCAGAGAACACACACAGGAGAGAAGCCUUACAUCUGCUCUGACUGUGCUGCGAGUUUCUCUGUACUGUGCCACUUAAAACGACAUGAAAGUAUACACACAGGAGAGAAGCCUUACUCCUGCUCUGACUGUGCGGCGAGUUUCUCUCUACUGUGCAACUUAAAACGACAUCAACGUUUACACACAGGAGAAAAGCCUUAUCACUGCACUGACUGUGAGAAGAAAUUCUACAGAUUGGGCCAUUUAAAAAGACACCAAUGUAUACUUAAAGGAGAGAAGUUUUCUCAGACCAGCUAAGAUUAGACACUCCACUUAAUUCUCAUGUCAUUAAAUAAUUGGCAAUGUUGAAUUGAAUCAAAUGAAGAAAGCGUAGAACACUCAAUUGUUAUCCUGUUGUUUCUCACUGUGAGAGAACUGUGCAGAGGGAAUGGCGCAUUAUAGAAUGUUAGCCUGUCUUUACUUUACUGAUCAGUGUACACCUUGACAGUUUUGGUGAGUGUUGUUAGCAUCUACUGUAAAGAUAUUGAGAUGACCUUGGAUUUGCCCUUAAGGUUGAAUAUCCUUUGUGAGGCUUCUCACAGUGGAGUCUGAUGGGUAACUGAGUGGUACUGCUUCACUCUGCAGUUUUCUGUGGGAUUGAGCUAGUAGACACAACAUGCACUGAGUGUACAAAACAUUAACGACACCUGUUCUUUCCUUGACAUAGACUGACCAGCUGAACCCAGGUGAAAGCUAUGAUCCUUAAUGAUCUAGUUGUUGUGUAUUUAUUAUAGAUCCUCAUUAGCUUUCAACAAAAAACAAACUGCGAUUGCAGUGGGCUAAGGAAUGAAAACACUGGACACUGGAAAAUUGGAAACAUACUGCCUGGUCUGAUGAAUCCCAGUUCCUGCUGUUUCAUACUGAUGGGAGGAAAUGGUGGAAAAAGUACCUAACUGUCAUACUUGAGUAAAAGUAAUGAUACCUUAACAGAAAAUGACUCAAGUGAAAGUGAGUCACCCAUUAAAAUACUACUUGAGUAAAAGUAUUUGGUUGUAAAGAUACUUAAGUAUCAAAAGUAAAAGUAUGAAUAAUUUCAAAUUCCUUCAAUUAAGCAAACCAGACAGCACAUUUGUCUUUAAAAAAAAUGUUUAGUACGGAUAGCCAGGGGCGCACUCCAACACUCAGACAUCAUUUACAAACGAAGCAUUUGUGUUUAGUGAGUCCGCCAGAUCAGAGGCAGUGGGGAGGACCAGGGAUGUUAUCUUGAUAAGUGUGUGAACUGGACCAUUACCUGUCCUGCUAAUCAUAAAAAAUGUAAGGGGUAUUUUGGGUGUCAGGGAAAAUGUAUGGAGUAAGAAGUACAUUAUUUUCUUUCGGAAUGUAGUGAAAAAGUUGUCAACGAUAUAAAUAGUAAAGUACAGAUACGCCCAAAAAACUGCUAAAUUAGUUAUUUAAAGAAAUUAUUCUGAUAAAGGGGUCAAAUUAAAAACAAACAAAAUAUAUAAAUAGUAAAGUACAGAUACAACUAAAGUAGGUCUUUAAAUAAUUUUUACUUAAGUACAUUACACCACUGCAUGCAUCCAUGCCGUGUGUCAGCAUUGUAGGCUGGUGGUGUGAUGGUUGGGGUGUUUUCAGGCCACACAUUGGGCCUCUUGAUAAAAGAUGAGCAAUGUUUGAAUGCCACAGGAUAUCUAAAGAAUAUCAGGUGCCUCCCUUCACUGCAGCAGUGUAUCCAUCUGCAAAUAGUUUUCUUCAGCAGGAUUAUGUCACAAGGCUUGUCCAGGAAUGGUCCAAGAACAUGACAGACAAUUCAGUUUACUGUGGGAGGAGAUGGAACGAGCUAUUCAGAGUAGACACCUUGGACAGUCUAUGCACCGAUGAAUUGAGGAUGUUCUGAGGACAAAGGGGGGUGCAACUCAAUAUUAGGAAGGCGUUCCUAAUGUUUUGUACACAGUGUAUAUCAGAUAAAGAUGGGGUGGUCAGUUUUUAGCAUUGGUAUGGGUGUAUUAUUUUAUUACUAAACUUUUGUUUAAUGAUUAACAGACUAUGAAUCUACUGCUUGUUUAUUAAAUUGUCUUUAAUACUUGAUUCAUUAUUGUAGUCAUUGAUGAUGAAUCUAUUUGAAUAACUGUAUUGAAGUUAAUUGAUCUGGCGGCAGGUAGCCUAGCGGUUAAGAGUGUUGGGCCAGUAACUGAAAGGUUGCUUGUUUGAAUCCCGAGCCGACUAGGUGUAAAAAUCUGUCAUUGUGCCCUUGAGCAAGGCAAUUAACUCUUAUUUCUCCUGUAAGUCUCUCUGGAUAAGAACAUCUGCUAAAUGACAAGAAUGCAAUGAAAAAUAAUGUUUGUACAUACAUUUUUUUCUCUCUUGUGUAUAAUUAAAUUAAAUGAAAUAAACUGUUUGAAGUGACAUACUGUAUAAACAAUACACAACAUUACCACUUUGUUUACCCUGGUCAGAGGGACAGGACCAUAGUAAACUAGACUAUGUAACUGCUGUUGUUAGUAGCCUACAGUUUCCAUGUAAUACAGCAUGUCAGAUCACUAAUGAUUAGGUGUUUAGGCUGCUACAUUUCUGCUUAUGUCUUUUGGGAGUGAUAUGUUAUCAGGCUAAGUAACUACUAGGUACAUUAUUUACCCAUUUCAAUCUUAUACCAACCAACCCUAUGCUUGGUGUGACUGUUAUGGUCAGAACAGACCAUCUGAUAUGCCCUUAAAUAUUGUAAUAUGCAACCUGGAAUUAAAAUGUAAGAGGACCAGUGCUUCUACAGUGAAUCACAUCUUGUGCUGUUUGAGAGAGAUGUUGUUAGACUGCAUUGUAUCGUUGUUUCCUCUUCUGAGUGCACUGGUGGGCAACAAUAUAAUUUCAAUUCACAGAGACAAUGAAUAUUUCAAAUACUUAUUUUCCACCACAAUUUGUAAAUAAAUUCAUUAAAUCCUACAA